CAUCGGAAAAAAAACGGCAAAUACGUAAGGCUUAUCCUUUGUCCAACUCGAACCAGAUGCAGAUGGGCGCGGACCUAACGGAAGGACCACAACAAUCCGUUUCUCCACAGUUCCCACCGUUUGACCUAACGCGAACCACCCCUGGAACGCCCGGGUCACGCAUUGUAUUUGAAAUUUUUUUCGCCCCCCAAACGCGUCACAAAGCAAAAGGACAGAGAAGAAGCGGAGAGAAAAACUGGACAACAAACAACCAUCUAGCAACCUGCCCCCGAAUGCAAUGCCCCUUUCAUACACACACACACACACUGUCCGACUGGUUUAAGAAAAAAACGAUCGCGUUCUAACUCGCCGGUUUACCAAAAAGAAAAGAAAAAAAAAGAUCGGGUGAGGGCAUUCAGUGGACGACGACGACGACGAACGACACGCAAGAUGUGUCACUGACCGAGUAUACUUUGAAAAAUCCUUGCAGUCGAAGAAGGGGGCACCAGUGCCUCCUUCCCCCUUUUCUUACCCCAUGCCGACCGGCCGGCGUACCUGUUGAUGCACCAAACCCCGGCGAUCUCUUUUUUGCCUCCUCAAUACCUUCCCUCCUUGCCCUCACCUCUUCGACGAACAUUCUCAUACACGAAAAAAAGAAUGUAAGGAAAACAAGUUGCCCCCCCGUGCGCAUGUAGCGGGGCCCGAUGCCCUCCCUUCGCCCAUCACCCUCGCACUAUCCUCCUCCCUUGACCGUGUGCUCCUCCUCUCUCUACCUUGACGUCACACCAGCCACUCUCGCUUUCGCUUUACCUUGGUACCCCCGACUCCCAGUAGCCCACAUUUCUCAGAUCCAUCCGAGACAUCGAAGGUUACGGUCACGUGCUUCAACCAUCCUUGUGGAUAGACCCUAUGGACUUCUAGAGGAACUUCGUUGGCAGGCCUCGUGCUUCUGUCCUGGAUACCCUUUGGACAACGUGCGUGCAGUGACUGUUCACCACAGCGAACAUGCCGAGAGCGUUUUUAGUGCGGAAGUUCCGUGCACACUGCCGGUCUGGACCGAUCGUCGGGACGGUAACUCCUCCGCCGAGCCCGGAACAGGUGCCCGCGCCGCAGUCGCAACCCUUGAGCCUGGUGAGCAAGAAUUCGCCGCAUUACGAAGGGAACCUCGUUAUAGAUGAAUCCCGAACGCCUCCACGACCCGAAUCAGAACCCCGUCCGGCAGCCACCGAAAUCGCCCCACCGCGUCCAUGGCCGCACGAACACCACGAACAGCGGACACCCCCGCUGUCACCACCAACUCCACCGUCGUCACACGAGGGCGACAAGGCGUACAUGUACGCGCAGGACUUGCGACAUCCGUCCACGACAGCCGAAGAUGCCUACCUGUCUUCCGAAGACUCGUCCUCCGAAGUUUCUUCGACUUCUUCGAACCCCUUGUCUGCAUUCCCGUACCUCCACGUCAACCCUCAUCAUCACACAGCAUCCGUCCACCAUCGACACUCCGGUGUUCCCUCUACGGUCUCCGGACUUCGAGUUCCGGUCAUCCAGUCGCCAAUUUCGUACAGUCAAACGCAACCUGUGAACCUGCAUCAGUACAGGGCCGUGUCGCCGGACACUGUCGGCCGAUCCAGCCCCAUCAGGUCGCCCAGAGAAGCGUGUCAAGAGAGGACGACGUCUGACGAAGAUACCCCGUACCCACCAGCCCUCCCCGUGAGGCUGUCGUUGCUUCAGCAGCGGGUACGUAUGCCCCCUCUCGGCAUUACGAACGAAGCUCCUCUUGAAUUCGUGAACGGUGGACAUGGCAUCAAGAACCCAAUGCUGCAUAAGACGCAAGGGCCGCGAAGGAUGACGAUGUCCCCGCCGCCAGUCAUCGAGUCACAGCACGAUUCGAGCAGCAACCACAGUAUUUCGUCGGCGGAUCCACUGUCUCCGAGUGGUCCCACCACAGUCGACGACAACGCAAAGACCGAUCCUAGCCGGUUGUCGUGCAAAGUGUGCGGAAAAUCGUUCGGACUUCAGCGGUUGCUGAACCGGCACAUGAAGUGCCACAGCGACGUCAAGCGUUAUCUCUGCACUUUCUGUGGCAAGGGGUUCAACGAUACGUUCGACCUCAAGAGGCACACCAGGACUCAUACAGGCGUCCGUCCAUACAAAUGCGUCCUGUGCGACAAGUCCUUCACGCAGCGAUGCUCCUUAGAAUCGCACACGCUCAAGGUCCAUGGCAUCCAGCACAAGUACGCUUACAAGGAGCGGCGCGCGAAAGUGUACGUCUGCGAGGAAUGCGGCCACACGAGUAACGAACCUGAGGUUCACUACCUCCACCUCCAAGAGAACCACCCGUACAGUCCAGCCCUGCUCAAGUUCUACGAUAAGAGACACUUCAAGUUCGCAGAAGGUGCCUUCCCAGUGGGUCUUCUGAGAGGCAGCUCGUGAGCAGUUCGCCGACUCGAACCAAUCAAAAAGAACUGUCUGUCGUCUGCAAUUACUCUAGUUUCGUUUUAGUCAGUUGCGUUCCGUUUUUCUGCGAAAACGGUGGAAUGUUUUUACCAAAGCCUGGAAUGUGUGCAACACUAUCACUAUCCAUGUUGCUCUUUGGUUGGUUUUUAUUUAUUGCGCUAAAGUUCUUAUGCUCACUGGGACACUCGUGAUCUCAACAGCAGUAUUCCUUCGUGCCUUGUAAGGGUUCGUGAACCCACCGGAAGAGCAGAUUUACAAGCGUCCUUCUGCAUGAAGUCAUUAUCUGUGAUACAGCGUUUAUCAUUGUACAUACUCUAUAUAUUCUAUGUGAUAUCUUCACAAUCUGUACUUAAGUUAUGUUUCACGUGUGUGUAUAUUCACUGAACUGAAAUGUUUCGUGUGAAAGACAUUCCCACGCAAGUUCAAGUUGUCAUAUCACUUUUUUUUUGUUGUCUGUCGUUUUGAAAGACGCGAGGCUGUGAACUAUGUUGUUCAUCUAUACUGCUUAGUACAAAUUCACGUAAAUAUAUCUUCAAAGUACAAAGUUUGCCGUCCGCUUUCCACCAACUUAUUCCCACGAGAAAGUUAUUGUACUCCGCAUACCUUCUCGCAACCCAAUACUACCCCGUACUUGUGUACAGGCGAAAUAUUCUCAUCUUUCGACGUGUGUACUCGUUCGUAAGUAACUUCGGUUACUAUUUAGCACGUGCCACGUUCAUGGCAUGCCGGGAACACUUUCUUAACAGUCUCUCUACAAUGAAUAAACUAUGUUAUGGCCUCUUA